CCAGAAACAACUUGUUGUCAGUUUGAACCAAAUAACGGCUCCUUGUGAUUGAAACCCAUUGAAAAGCGACUACCGAAGUAUCAACAGCUGAAUUGUAGCAGCAAUCAUCACGAAUCAUUCAACAAAGUGAAGUUUUCGACAACUGUAUUUUCUCCUGGAAUUCUCUUUGAAAAAAUGGAUCUAGAAGCGUCAAUAAUCGAACGUCUCCAAGAGCUUCGAAAAUGGCAGUUGGAGCAGCAGGAGAAGCUGCUGCAGCAGCAGCACGAGCAGCGAGAACAGCUGACGAUCGAGCAAGAACGUAUGUUCGAGGCUCUGGGACUGAAAGAUAUGAUUUCCGACGACAGUAUUCUCGAUCAGCUUUCCACAUCCACAGGAAAAGUCAUUCAUUCCCCGGUGAAACAGUCUAACGAUUGCAGAAAGGUAGUUCAUUCCCCAGUGAAGCAUCUGAACGACUCGAGAUCAUCUGAUUUGUCUCGUUGCUCAUCCCCAAUGGUGACAAGGUCGACAACAUCUGAGAGAGCUUCAGACUUGGAGGAUCGUCCGCUGUUGCAGCUAAGUGUCCCAGCUCUGCGACUGACCUCCUCCAGUAGUGGAUUAUCCAGCUUCAGUUCUCCAAGAAAUAUUCAGAGUCACAAUCCAUCCUCGGACCAUGGUUACGAGUCAGAGAAGAUCGUGGAGACUCCUAGAGGCUCCACGGUGUCCUCGAAUGUCUCCGUGGAGGGAGUCGAACCUCUCCCAGUGGAUAAAUCAGUCCAAAAAUGCCUGACAAUGGACGAUGUACCUGUGCCCUCCCCGAAGAAGGACUUUAACACACUAUUAGAGGAGAGACUGCGGGACUCACCAGCAGUAGAGGAAUCCCACAACGACCAGAAAAAGGUAAUAAAAAGGCCCUUCCUCAAGAGAGGAGAGGGUCUAGCCAGGUUUAAGCCCAAUCCUAAUGGCAACCUGCGAUCAUCCACAAGACCCAGAAGUGCCUCGUUGUCAGCCAUGGGGUACACCCAGAACACCAAAAACAGUGGGAAGAAUAAAGACACUCCAAAGUCCUCAAGGGCUCACACAUCUCGGAGAAGUGCCCCCUCAAUUCCCCCAGUACCUCAGAAGCUGAAUCUCAAGGCCGUUCCACCCCCGCAAAAGAAGGUAAGAAGUAAAUCGUUGUCUGCAGCUGUCCCCUCACCACCAAAACCUCCAAGACCCACCGAGAGCACUACAGUGAGAACAAUUAAGUCUGGGGACGAUUCUAAUCCCUCAGACCUUGACUCUUCGAAACUCGAGACCAAAAUGUUUGAGUUCCUAGAGGAAAAAGCUGAAAACUCCAGUUUCUGCUCUACCUCCAGUGCUGUCAUAGCUUUUAUGCAGCAGUCAACACCUCUGAAGCUCAGGAGCAUCAAGCAAAAAUUGAGCACACAAACUGUAUCUCCAUCAAAAUUAAAACAGGGAUCUCCAAUUCGAGCUAUUCGUGAGACGGUAGUGCAGAAGGACAUUGUGAUAUCCCAGUGGGAUUCUGGACCCUUUCCAGAGGAUAAUACCCCUGCUCUGGCGUUCACCAACAGCCAGAGGGAUAUUAAGAAAAUUGUGGGGGAUAAUUUUCAGGGCUCCCAAGAGACCAAUGCACAGAUUCUUCUUUACAAUAAUAAUAAUGUCGAAGAAUUUAAGAAUGUGGAAAGUGACUCCAACGUCUCCACCAGCACAGAGAUGGAUUCUACGCUAGAGGAAAAGUCUGAGGGCUAUCCGGGUAAUAAUAAAGAGACGAAUGUUAGUAUGCAUGUAAGAUUCGCUGAGUACAAUGAGUACAAGACGAUAGGACUGACUGACACUUCGAUGAUCUCCACUGACUCUCGUCAUGAAAAUUAUGGGAAUAAUUAUAGAGAUAAGCUCUGGAGUGAGUCGGCUUCGUCAGAGUCGUCAGAUCACGAGAGUUUCAAGGGAGAGCUCCCCCAGAAUGUUAUGAAGACCAAUCAAUCGAGUUAUAAUCGAUCCAACGUGAAGUACCCUUCGAAACCUAAACUGUUGGGGUCUAUGCAGCCUCGAAAUCUCCAGGAUUACGAAGAUUCAACAGAUCACAGCACAGACGAGGAGCACUCAGUGUUAAACGACUCCGAGGGGACAUACUAUGAUGAUGACAAUACCAUCUCCGAGCUGCAGGAGGCAGUGAGAAAGACGAUGGAGAGUUACAACGAGAAGGUUAAAGAGUUAUCUCUUGAAGACAUCCCUCCAGCCAGAGCUCCGGGGGAUCACCAAGAUCUUGACGAGGGGACAAUUUUCAAGUCUGAGCUUUUAAAGACUCGUCUCCUAGAGCUAGAACGUGAGAUAGAUAUUUUCAGAAGGGAAAAUACGAAGUUGGCAGCUGAAAAGGAGAAACUUGAAGAAGAACAUCGUCGACGAUUGAGAGAGCUCAGAGAAAAAGAAGACAAUCUAGAAAAAGAGAGGAUCAGAAUGGAGACGUCACUGCAAGAGGAGAAGAAGAGGAUUGUGAGGGAAAAAUCAGCACUGGAGAGUCGUCUGAAGGAUGCCAGGGAGAAGUCCAUUCAAACGAAACAAGAGCGCCAGGAGGCGCAGGUAUUGAAGGAACAAUUGGAAGAAUUGAGGGAUGAGAUGAAUGAGAAGGAGCAGAGAUGGCAGGCGGCCCAGGCUAGGCAGAAAAGUCAGAUGAGGGUUCUUCAGAUGGAGAACACCAAGUUGAGGCAAGAUUUGGAGAGGGUGCAGUCUGCUAAGAGGGGACCUGCUAGACUUAAGAGACCUGGCACCAUGUCCAAUACCAAAGCUAUUCAUCAAAUUAAUAGGCAAUUGGAUGGUAAGAGGAGUGCUCCAAAAAAAUCCCCAGAACCCCUGACAGAGGAUGAUAUUUUCAUUAAAUCAGGUGCGGAAAUUCCUGCAAAAAUUAAUUUGAAUAUCGAUAAAGAUUUAGUAUCGUCCAAUGACACUGGCAAAGUUAUUGUCUACGAGACUUCACAGAGGGCAAUACCCACUGAGGAGGAAAUAGAGAAACGAAGGAAUAUGUACCAGGAUCUGCUGAAGGAGGCUGCGAGUGGCUUCAAGGGGCAUGUCAUCAAGAAGAGUGAGGAGAGAACUGAGAAUGAUGAGGUGCUGCAAAAAGAGAAUACUGAGGUGCUGUCUGGGCCUCCGAUUGUUCCAAGAAAUUUUUCUGUUGGGAAGGAAGGGGGUGGAGUUAGGACUAGUACAAGUCCUAGUGUGCUCAAAUCGACUGAAAAUAUUGAGUCAAGGGGAUCGUACCAGCAAUUUGUUCGGGAGGUGUUAAAUCCGAGAAUUGAGUCGAGACUGCAGAGUUCAGGAUCCUCGUUGAGUGGCCACCAUUCAACGACUCAGGAAUUCGGGAAGAUUGACUCACAGGAGAAGAGUCAAAUUUCUCCUCCCGGAGUGCGAUUUGCGGGCGUGGACACUAGUGAGACUGACUUGAUCCCUCGUCAACAGUCCGAGCAUCCUCUCCCUAAGCCUGUGGAUAGCCUGACACCUCGACAGGACCUUGUUUCCAUCAGUCAGCUAUCUGAACUCUCGGGACAAGGUGUUAGUCCUCAGAAGCAGCAGGUCAGGGAGGUUCUUCAUCCUGAUGGGUACACUGAGUACUGGUAUCCUAAUGGAAAUGUCAAGAAGGUCUUUCCUGAUCGCAACAUCACGAAGAUGAUUUAUUACAAUGGAGAUGUCAGAGAGACCACUGAGGAGGGAUGCAUCAAAUAUUUUUAUGCUGCUACCAAGACCUGGCACACUACUUAUCCCGAUGGGUUUGAGAUUCUUGAGUUCCCGGAUGGCCAAGAGGAGAGAAGAACCACUGAUGGGGUCAUUGAGGUCUCCUUUCCCGACGGAUCCAUUCGACUGAUGCAGCCUGAUGGAGUCGAGAAGUGGGUCUUGCCUGAUGGCACUGUCGCUGAGACCUUUCCCAACGGCGAGAAGAUCCUGUCCCUUCCCAAUGGACAACGCGAGGUUCACACGAAAGACCAUAAGAGACGAGAAUACCCUGAUGGGACAGUGAAGUACGUAUACCCAGAUGGCACUCAAGAAACUCGCUACUCCAAUGGUAGAAUUCGUGUAAAAGAUAAGGAUGGUAAUCUUCUGCGAGACUCGCAUCAAUCAUAAUCCCACGAAUUAAGGUUUACUU